AUGGUUAACUGCCAGACUAUUAUCUCUGCCUUGGCCCUCUCGGCCCUUGCUGCUCCUGCCGCUGCCGCUGCUGUUGGUCCUGGCCUUAACCCCGGCAAACGCUUCACCCUUGACCUGGUCCCUGUCAAGCGGGGUCCUGCUCACCCUGCUGCCAGGUACGUCGACACUCUUGACAGAUAUGGUGGUAGAGCUUCUGAUCGACUCCGCUCCGUUGCCAAUCCAAAGACUGGUUCCACUUCUGUCACCCCCCAUGCAAACAAUACGCAAUACCACAUACCUGUCAAAUUAGGUAAUAGCAACAUGACACUUAGGUUUGACACCGGUAGCGCUAAUCUAUGGGUCACCAUCAAUGAGACCAUUGGCCGUGGAUCCCACCGCCCCUUUGAUAACAGCACCUGUAAGCGGUACCCCGGCUACACAUUCGAUGCCAGCUGGAGACCUUUAGGUGAAAUCCUGGGCGACGUCUGCGAGGAUAAAGUUACUAUCGGCGGCAUCACUGCUGAAAAACAGGCUAUCCAGCUUGCCCUACACAUGUCCCAGGAGAUUAGCGAACAUCUCAAGGAUGAUGGUAAUAUUGGAUUCGCCUUUACUGGUGCCAACAGUAUCCUCCCUGAUCCGCAAAAACCCUGGUUUGAAAAUGUUAAAAAUGAUCUUCAGGAUGCUGUCUUUGUUGUUGACCUUCGGCGUGGCGGUCCCGGUAGCAUUGACUUUGGUUUCGUUGAUCCCAAAUAUACGAGCAGGGUUUUUUGGGCAUACGUCGAUUCUGGUUCUGGAUUCUGGAAGUUUAUUGCUGAUGGAUACAUGAUUGGUCAGGGUAGCGGGUUUGGUGACUGGUUUAGUGGUAUUCUUGAUACUGGUAACGAUCUUAUUCUCUUACCACAGGAAUUUGUCAAGCACUAUUACAAACACGUUCCUGACGCCUUUUUCGAUGAGGGGCAAGGGGGAUAUAUCUUUCCCUGUAACACUACCCUUCCUGCCUGGACUGUUAUUAUUGAAUAUGGUCUAUUUACCGUUCCUGGUAAUGAGAUCAAUGUUGGUCCCGUUGGCAACGGAUCUUGCUAUGGUGGUAUCCAGGGCAAUGGUGGCCUUCCCUAUGGCAUUUUCGGCAAUCUCUUUUUCGGCCAAGUUAUAAUUAUUUUUGAGUCCAAGGACGGGCAUCCUCCCAUGGUUGGUUUCGCCACCAAGGCCUAA